AUUAAUAAGUGCAAAAAGAAUUGUUGCCGGACGUUCGGCUGCGUCAACGCAUGUGUUUUGAAAAAUGGCAACAAUAACGUCGCACUGCCCUUUCUCGCAUACUGUAAAAUCUAAAAAAAUCAUGCCACCUUAUCCAAAUCUGCCGACCCAUCGUCAUCCAAAAUGUGUGAUCAUCACGAAGAAUAUCCUGAUAACGGCAAGAGCACUGGUAUCGCUGAUGGAAUGCUAUUUCUUCGCAGAACGUGACAAAUAUGGAUCAGCGCUGGAUGUCAUCGAUUGAUCGCGCAGAGUAUGGUGUGAAGCCGCACCCUGCUGUGUUGAAUUUUGCCAAAAUAUUUUUUUAAAUUCAAAAUUCUGCCUGCAAUAUUAAUCCAGCUACACGUUCCUUUUUAGAUGGGUGGGUGUACCUAUGGAAAUACAUAUCCUGUUUUCAUAGACUAUAAUCAGUUUUGUCAUAACCAUAAUUGCUAAGUCUUUCCCUUCCUCAAAUAAAAGAAUCCGGUAGGGUAUCUCGUUGUCGCGUCGUUUCUCUCUCGGUGAUGGGCAUAUCGCAUCGCUUGACAGCAACCGUUUGAGUGACCGAGAAACUCGCGGAUGUUUAAAACCAUUCCACAAUUUGCGUACCCUAACUCACAUCAGCUGAAACAG